AUAUAAUAGAGUACACAAAGAACAAAAGUCUUCCCUUUAAAUGUAACACUUCACUUGGUUAUUCUUCUUCCUCUCAGAAAUUCUCAGUUUUGUCUUUUUGAGCUUUCCAUGAGAAGUGGCAGCUUCUCUUCAAACUCCGUCCAUAUAUCAUAAACUGAUGCACAUAUACAUACAUAUUAUCUUUUCGUAUAUCUGUAUAUCUUGUUUACUCUGAUUCUUCUAUAUUUCUGGCCUACAAAGAAAAUUGAUACUACUGAGACUCAGAGAGAGAGGGAGUGAGGGAGAGAGAGGGAGGGAGGGGGAGAGAGAGAGAGAGAGUGAGAGGGAGGGAAGGAGGGAGGGAGAGAGAGAGAGAUGAUGAAGUAUCCAUCUUCUUCAUCAUCAUCUGCAUAUUCAGCAAAUGUUCUUGUUGAAAAAGCCACCAGUGAAUUUCUCAGUGGCCCAGAUUGGACUAUUAACAUUGAUAUUUGUGAUGCCAUUAAUCUCAAUCAUGGGCUAGCAAAAGAUGUUGUCAAGGCUUUGAAAAAAAGGUUGCAGCACAAGAACCCUCAUGUGCACCUACUGGCCUUGACGCUUUUGGAGACAAUGGUGAAGAAUUGUGGUGAUCAUGUGCAUGCUGUAAUCAUCGAAAGGAAUGUACUACAGGAUAUGAUCAAGAUUGUGAAGAAAAAGACAACCAUGGGUGUUAGGGAGAAGAUCUUGGUGUUGCUGGACUCUUGGCAAGAAGCAUUUGGCGGAGCUGGUGGAAAAUAUCCUCAAUUUUACUGGUCAUACGAAGAAUUAAGGCGAUCUGGAGUUGAAUUUCCCCAACGUGCAUCAGAUUCUGUGCUGAUCUUCACGCCUCAAGUAACCCAUUCAACAGCUGGACAUGCAUUUGCAGGUUAUGGGAUUCCAAGCAGUUCUUCAACUACACUUGAGGAAGCCCUGGCUUCUGAAGUAGAAACUCUAAGUAUGUCAAGCAUAAGUUCGAUGCAAGAAGUUCUGGAUCUUUUAUCUGCCAUGUUGCAGGCUGUGGAUACAAAUGACCGAACGGCCAUACAGGAUGAAGUCAUAGUUGAUCUAGUUGAACAGUGCCGUUCUAAUCAUAAGAAACUAAUGCCGAUGCUAACUACAACUGGGGAUGAAGAACUUCUAGCUAAAGGACUGGAGUUGAACGAUAACAUACAAAAUGAGCUUGCUAAACAUGAUGCUAUAGCUCUGAAUCACGUGCUGCCAACUGAAGUGAUAAACUCCAAACCUCAACUGAGUGAGGUGCCUAAUUCCAGCCUCAAAGGGGAUGAAGAUAGCUGGUUUAGAUCAUCUCCACAUGUGGUACCCUGUGCACCUUUAACUGUUGAGACAAAACAUGUGGCUGAGGAAGAGGAAGAAGAAGAUGAUGAAUUUGCGCAGCUAGCUAGAAGGCAUUCAAAAAUACAGCCAGCCCCAUCACAAGACAAAUAUGUUGGAGUUGGUGAAACUCAACCUUCGUUGAGCAAUGCAUUGGCUUCAACUGAUCCACUGAAUCACGUGAAAACCACCAAGGAGCAAGACAUGAUUGACUUCUUAAGUCUCACCUUGUCAAGUACAGGUACACACAUUCUGGAAUCAUCUUCACUGACCAUGCAACAAGCAUCUGGAUUGCCGAGUGCUCAAGAAUCUUCAUUCAAUCAGCAAAAGCAUACUGGAAAGCAGGUAGAUUUCAGUGGCCAUGUGGCUGCUUGGGCUCAGCCUCAGAUCCAGCAGCAGCAACUACAUCAUCAGAUUCAGCCACAACCACAGAUAAAGGCUAUGAUUCAGCCACAACCACAGUCCCUGCCUGCACCUCAACCGCCAUUGCAACCCGAGUCACGUAAUCAAUCUCAACAACCACUAUUUCAAAUACAGUCUCAGUCUCCCCAGUUUUCUUCUGGCUAUCCACCCAGUCAACCUCAACCACCACAAUUUCAAACACAUGCUCAGUCUCCACAGUUUCCUUUGGUCUAUCCGCCCCCGCCAUGGGCUGCAACCUCUGGUUAUUAUGCAAAUCCAGCGCAACAAUCAAGCACUGCAUCUAAUGGACCUGUGCAAGGAACUGGAUCACUUCAGCAGGUAACCUCAGCUCAUCACUUUGAAAGCAAAGAGUUAUAUUGUGGUGAACAUGCACAAUUAAGUUCAAUGCCGAGAGGCGAUGCUUUCACAGCAGGACAAACACCUUUUAUACCUACAUACAGAUUGUUUGAGGAUCGAAAUGUGUGGGGCAAUGGAGAUGGACGGUACAAGACAAACACAUCCCCCAGCUUAUAGGGAACUACUCAAAGUAUGGUACGGUGGAGGAAGUGAUGUGCUUCUUUGUGUGCCUUUUUUCCUCGUGUUAUCCGUUGCAUCUGCAGUGUGAUCAUUGUCAAGAUGGUGCAGCAUUGUUGUUUCCUUUCUCUAUUUUCUGCUUUUAACUUUAGGUUGCAGCAACCCAAAAUGAUAGAUGAGGGCUGCCUACAGUCAUUACUUGACAUUCAAUGGAACUUGCUACCAAGUAUAUGCCAUACAUAAUUAUAUCGGUUUAGUAAGUGUUGUUUUCUUACAAUUUUGGCGAUGGUGCUCAUAUGAAUAAGGGUUUUUCUAGUAC